UCCAGCCUGAACGGCGACAGUCGGUCUUUCAGUUUGACACUGUUAACAAUCAACGACAUUAACUCGACCAUCAUUUGAAUUUAACGUCGCUGUUAUGGAACUGAAAAUAACCUGUCAAAUGAUGAAUGUGACAACCGGAAGUGAUUGGAAGACCACAUUUGUAAACGGAAGGCGGUCGUUGCUGGUCUAAUGUGUUGCGUACAGCGUGCCUGCAAGUCAAGUCUGUUUUUUUAGUGUAGUGUCACAAACUGGGGAAACAGCUUUGACGCUUAGGAGCCAUGAGCAGUGAGCUCAAUGUGCCCAUGGGCUCCCCGGCCCCGGGCGCCUCCGAGCGCGUCCAGGACGGCGGGGGAAUGGACUACAGGGACUGGGUGCGGCGCAGCUACCUGGAGCUGGUGAGCUCCAACCACCACUCGGUGCAGGCGCUCUCCUGGAGGAAGCUCUACCUGAGCCGGGCCAAGCUCAAGGCCUCCAGCCGGACCUCGGCACUCCUCUCAGGCUUCGCCAUGGUGGCCAUGGUGGAGGUGCAGCUGGAGAUGCAGUACAGCUACCCUCGUGUGCUUCUCAUCGCCUUCAGUGUGUGCACCACGGUGCUGGUGGCGGUGCACCUGUUUGCGCUCCUCAUCAGCACGUGCAUCCUGCCCAACGUGGAGGCUGUCAGCAACAUCCACAACCUCAACUCGGUCAGCGAGUCACCCCACGAGCGCAUGCACCACUACAUCGAGCUGGCCUGGGGCUUCUCCACGGCACUGGGCAUCCUCCUCUUCCUCGCCGAGGUGGUGCUUCUCUGCUGGAUCAAGUUCCUGCCCGUGGACUCCAGCGGUGCCACGACUGCCAGGCCGUCGACGCCGGACAGCGGCUGGCAGGCGGCGCUGGCCUCCACCAUCAUCAUGGUGCCCGUUGGUGUGAUCUUCAUUGUGUUCACCAUCCACUUCUACCGCUCGCUGGUGCGCCACAAGACAGAGCGCCACAACCAGGAGAUCGAGGAGCUGCACAAGAUCAAAGUGCAGCUGGACGGCCACGAGCGUGGGCUGCAGACUGUGUGAGGUCACGUGACUGGACUCGCGCUCCUCUCCCUCAUUUGCAUAUUUAUAAACACCCCCUCCUCCUCCUUAGCGCUGUAGCUCCUCCCACUGCUGUGCCAACAUGGCAGAGUGCUUAUUUCUUGCGGUCAUCCAUUGCUGAGUCUCAAUUCCUGCACUUCCACACUUCUCGGAUUUCGGGACAGCACUACCCUGUCAAGAUUCAUGCACUCAGCAACUAAGCACACAAUGGACGUAGUAUACAGUACAUAUGAAAGUGCUCACUCUUGCACUUCCGUACUUGCACUUUGCAUUUUGAGUGCACAAGUGCGUUUACAAGUGCGUACCUGGAUGGUGAGUCUGCAUUGGACACUUAUCAUCCUCAAUAGCCCCGUAGCAGAAGGGGAGGGAUUAUGGUUGCAAUUCACAAUUAAAGCAAGCGGCAAAAUGAUUUCCAAUUAUGUAAGUGCACAACAACAGUAAUUGAAUUGGGACAACACUGCACCCUCAGGAACUAAAUAUGCAAUGUACACAGUAUACUCAUUGAAGUGUACUGACAGAAGUACAGUAGAUCCCCAAUUUUGGUUAUGUUUCGAUGAACAGAUGGAUUCGUCACGUGUCGAAGUUUUAUUCUCAGUUUGUCUUUUGCGUCUCACAGCGACUAUGGCGCGCUCAAGGACCGCCAAAGUGCGAAGUCUCAACGCCUUUUAAACAGUGGUCCAUGUAUUAUCGCAUAUUUAUAAAUUAUUACAGACUUAAGAUGAGUGCUAAGUUUUCUGCAUGAAAAAUGGCCUAUUUUCGAAGGGGGAAAAAAAGAAAAAUAUAUUUUUUAUGCUGAAUCAUGAUUUUGCAGGGAUCUACUGUACACUCAAUUUGAGACACAGCCCAUGUGUGUUUCAUUAUGAAGGGACUGGCUACAGUGUUUGUUGUUGCCAUGGUUAUGCUCUGGCUGGCCUUACCAGCCUAGCUUGCCUCUGCUUCAUGGUGCCGCCCUGCUGGUAAGAUGAGUUAUUACAUGAUGCAAGUAAAGGUAGGCUAAUUUAACUUGACUCCGACUGUCUGUACUAUCCGUGUUGCGCUAAUUAUAAGGCAUCGUUCAACGUGCUUCUCUUCGCUAAUUGAGGAUUAUUUUUACGCCGCCUGUGUGUGUUUUUGCUGCACAAAAGUCUUAAAAUCUUAAUAGGAGCUCAGUCAGUUACACUGUUUUGACUGUUGGUGUUGGUGUUGGUGUGUGUAGCCAUUUUUGUUGUUAAAAUGCCACAAAGCCUUCUCAUGCUGCUUUAAAUGCUAAUCUCUUAUUUGCUUGUGCCAGAGCUCCGAAAGGGGCAAAAACUCUGCCUAUGUGACUCACUGUCGCCCCCUGAGGUGCGCAGUGGCAUUACAAGGCAACGUUACAAAGUGCACCUUUAAACUGUGUGAAUGUUACUGUGCUUAACUGAAGUUCUCACAUGUUUACAGCUGCUGUUUCAAUACAUCUUUAAGAGUGACUUUUUUUUUUUUAAUUGUGGAUGUGUGAAAAGAGGCUUCGCAAAAAAAAAAAGGUCAAAGUGAUAAUGAAUGUACUUUUUGGCUCUUAAGCGUUGGUUUACUGACUUCUUGUUCCAGUAUCACAUUCCUAACACAUUCACUGUCCAAAAUUAGCUUGAUUUCUCCAUUGUUUACCCGCUAGAUCAUCCUUUCAAAAAUAAAAGCUGUAAUUUUUGUCCAUUUUUCCUCAUCUCCUUUAGUUCUAUUUUAAAAAUGUGCUGUUCUUUGAUGUAACGGGAUGUAUUAUUCCCUUCAGGUGUGGCAUAUGCUAAUGUUGACCUCAAUAGCUUCUGACAUAAGUACAUUUAUAAUUAAACUAUUAUUUUAUUUCAACUUUGUUUGUUUUUUUUUUUUUACCUAGGUAUGUACACGUGUGUGCAUAUAAUUAUACUCAGAUUUAAAAAAAUAAACCCCAAAAUUAAUAUUUUUAUCAACUUUAAUGUAUUUUUGUUUUACUCUACAACUUAUACAUUUAAUGUAAUUUAUCCAUGCUCUUUACGUCAAAUAGCCUCUAACCAAAGUGAGGUGGAAGCAAAAACAUUUAUAAAAUAAACCAGAAUAUUCAUUUUCUGUGGUCUUAUGUAUUUUUGUGGUUCGUCCUACAUUUUAUGUAUCUUGCUAUUUUACCUACAAUGUAUACUUUUUAUUUUUGUAUAAUAUAUAUUGUUUCCA